AUGUCCGACCAAGGCGGGGUUUUUGGCGCCUUUGGUGCGGUGCUUGGUUAUAUUGGAGCAGAGGCAGCCAACGACAUCUGGUUUUCGUCGUUAUUAUGGCCCCAGCGAUCAUUCUCCCACCUCACACUUCGAUCCAUCCCAACCCUGGCUCUCCUGAUGCCCAUGGGGGGUCCUUUGCACAAAGCCGCUCUGAGCACCUUCGAUAUCGCCAACGCUCGAGGUCUCUUGAAGGGCGCCCAUGAAGGCCACAUGCUGGGCACUUCGUUCUUUGAGCAAACGGACUGGACCUACACCAUUCCCGGUACUGCUAGUUCCGAGCCCCGCGCAGCCCGUAACUGCAUGUGGGCGCGGGCUCUUCAUUACAUGCCUCUACCCGCCGAAAAACCUGGAUCACUGGCAGGACUAUCCCCUCCAGCCACGGGCGCUGCCAUCGAGAAGGGCAUCCUCCCGGCUGCAGACAAUGGCCGCAUCCCUUUACGAGCGAAAGUCGCCGUCUACCACCUCAUCUUCACUCCAGCAACGGCAGAAGAUAAAGCCUCGCAGAUGGCGUUUGUGCACGAGAACUGCGGCCGACCAGGCUCGCACGUUUACCUCAGCAUCUUCAUCGCCGAGCUCUCCGGCAUCAUUAUCUUUGCCGUCAUCUACGCCAUCGGCCGAUCACUCUGGUGUCUCAUCUGGCUAGCCCCGCUUCUCCUCCGCCUCCUGAGCGCCUUCUUCGCCCUCGACCGCGAGCCCCUCACACCUAUCUCCUCCAUCUCAUCGCCAUCAACCACGCCGACCGCCGAAGCCGAAUCACCUCGUGAUUUCGUCCUGCACUUCCCCCAAUCCCAAGGCGGCGACCUCAUGCUGUUCACAGGCCUCUCAGCCCUCGUGCAGCAGUUUUUCCGACACUACGGCCACCCAGUCCGGAACCGAACCCGGGAGAUUCUUCAGCUGUGCAUUAUAGCGCUUUUCGCCGCUCUAUUUCCGCUAGGAUUGCUAGCCUCGACUCUCUGGAUGCCGCCCCUGGUGCAGUACGCGUGGACCUGCUACCAGCUAUACAUUGUCAUGACGAUGCAUAUCGUCCGCUACACAUCGUUUGGACGGGACACGAGCACGGAAUCUAAGCUCGCUGAUUAUCUGGCGGAUCGGCCGGCGAUUCUUUUUGGGGAGAAGAGGCAUGGGGCUGAGACGGUGAAAGUUAGCCUUAUUACGACGUAUCAUGCGCGGCAUCAGGAGGGGAGGGAUUGUUUGGAGCGGUUGGUGAGACGGUAG